AUGUGCAUAGCCGAAUGUUUGCAGAAAAUUACUUUGGCGUUCCUAAUGUUCGCCAUAUCGAAGUCGCCAUCCGCUACAGAUAACUCUAUAAGUGCAGGUAGCUCACUGACACCGGUAACAGGAACAGUGACACGGGUCUCGUCCGUUGCCGGUGGCGAUGCGGAUCUUCCCUGCGACUCAAGACCGCCGCAGUAUAAUGACAGCCUUCUUCUUGUCGUGUGGUACAGAGACGACAAUCCUGUUUACAGCUACGACACGAGAGUUCAAGGGCCCACCGCACACUGGACCGAUGACGCGUUCGCCGAGCGUGCCCGCUGGCUUGGAAUGCCAAACUCCGCUUUGCACCUUAGCAAUGUGCAGUCACGCGAUCGAGCAACUUACAGAUGUCGUGUCGACUUUCAGGUUUCUCCAACACGAAACUAUAGGAUCGCACUUGACAUUAUUGAACUCCCAGGCAAGCCGGUAAUCUUCGACGAAUACGGCAAGGAAAUAUCAGAUGUAGCGGGACCUUACUACGAGGGAAGUGAUUUUAAACUAAUUUGCUCCGUAAACGGAGGUAAUCCUAUACCUCGAGUGCAAUGGCUUCAGGGCGAGACGGUUCUCGCUACAUUAGGUGUAGGUGAAAUUCAGCUAGGGCCAACACGAUCGUUGACCAUUCAUAUAACAAAUGCAACAAGAACGCAUUAUGCAACUGUGUAUACAUGUGCUGCUGACAAUACUUUGUUGGCUCCGCCUCAACGAUCAACGAUCCGGGUGGAUCUUUAUUUGCGACCACUAACAGUUGAAAUACUUUCGAGAGAACAGCCUCUGUCAGCUGGAAGAAAAGCCGAACUCUGGUGUAAAUCUGCCGGAGCAAGACCACCCGUCACUAUAACAUGGUGGUUAGGAGGCAAGAAAUUAAAUCCUGAGACAAAGCAACAGAUUGGGAUGGAAGAGGGAAAUGAGACUCAAUCAUUACUUCAAUGGACUCCAUUGAAAGAGCAUAACGGUCAAAUACUCGCAUGCAGAGCGGAACACACAAAGUUCAAUCAAUCAACGAUUGAAAGUCGAUUGAAUCUGAAUAUAUACUAUAUACCAAUCGCUAGAAUGCACUAUGGUGCAAAAAUCAAUCCGAACGACAUUGAAGAAGGCGAUGACGUGUACUUUGGUUGCGAGGUCGACGCAAACCCGCCCGCCUAUAAAGUAGUCUGGGAACACAAUGAUGUUUUAUUACAAAAUAAUCCAUCCAACGGCGUCAUACUAACGGGUAAUACGAACCUCGCAUUACGUAACGUUUCCCGACAUCAAGCGGGAAAAUAUACGUGUACUGCAUCAAACGUGGAAGGCGAUGGAAAGUCGCCUCCCUUACACCUGCAAGUUGUUUAUAAACCAUUGUGUCGAAGAAAAGAGAUUAAAUUGAUUGGCGCUCCAUUACAAGAACCAUCAAACGUGGAAUGUGAAGUUGAUGCUUUUCCUCCACCAGACACAUUUGAGUGGGCACUUAAUAAUUCCGCCGGUUCAAUAAAGGUCGACCCUGACCGAUUCUCAAUAGAUGCAAGUGCAGGCAAAUCGGUACUCACAUACGUACCAGUAUCUGAAAUCGAUUACGGAACUCUGUCUUGCCGAGCAACAAACUUAGCCGGGCAGCAAAUUUCACCAUGUGUAUAUACUUUACUGCCAGCCACAAGGCCCGACCCACCGACUAAUUGUACAGUAUAUAAUCUUACGCAUGAUUCACUUGAUCUAAUGUGUUUAGCAGGAUACGAAGGUGGCCUGCAAUGCAUUUUUGUAGCAGAAGUGUGGGCUAAUGACGGAUUAGUUGUCAAUGCAAGUAAUGGUGCUGCGUUAUGGAAUCUAAGAAGACUGGGAGCUAAAAGACAACUAAAAAUAAUUGUGUAUGCAGCAAAUGCAAGGGGGCGAUCAGAACAUGUAGUGUUCACGGUAGAAACAGCGCCUAGAAUAUCUCCGAGAACUGAAGCACAAGAAUCGUGGGAAGUAAAUUGGGUAGUGGGAGGAGUAUUGGGAGCAGCAUGCACUAUAGCGCUUAUAUUGUGCUUAGCGCUCAUCGCUACAAGAUUAAGGCACAGAUCGCGUGAUUACGAAGUUACAAUGCAAUUAUCGAAAAAUCAAAAAAACACGCCGCAGAAACGGCAAUCUCCGGAUGAUCGAAAUCCUGAUUUGAUCCCACUUAAUAAAGGAGUGAAUUGUCCACCUGAUCCUCCCCACUACUCGACUGUGGUCAAAAAACAAGAGUCUAAGAAUUCAAACGGUGCUAACAGCUUAACAAGCGCUCAAACACCAAGUUCUCUACUACCACCGCCAAGCCAUCAUUCAGAAAGUCAGGUUGACCGAAGCGGUAUCAACGGCACGGCGAGAUUGCACAGAGAGGUCGUUACUACUAGGACACCUUUAUUAGCAGCACAUCAAGAAAGCUGUGUUUAA